AUGGCGUCAAGCUCGAUGAAGCCACAGGAUGUGUUGGCACAUUUCACGUAUCUGCAGUGGAAAGAUGACUUCUUGAAAGAACGCCCAAUCGAGGUGCAGCAUGACCAAGAUCCUCGAAAGACAAAUAUGACUUGGUACAAAUCAGGAAAUGCGGAGAUUGUUCGUGAUGCUCGUGGUCGAGAGUCCGAGUACAAUGUGGAUACUCACGGAUUCACCUUUGUCAAGCAUGACACUGGUUUGACCACCGAUGAUUUCUACGAUCGCAAUCAGGUCAUCGAGCGAUACAUUCCGCAGGCAAUUGACCUUUACAAGAAGGUGUUUGGCGACGUAGACGAAGUCUACAUAUUCCACUGGCAGAUGGUUUCCAAGCUUCGCAGCACUGCACAGCAGCGUAAGCUCCGGGAGCAGAAUAAAGAUGUCCACGUUGAUCAAACCCAAUCCGAGGUCGAGCGACAUGUCCGUAAUCUCUUGCCAGAUCGGGCCGAAUAUCUUCUUAAGGGACGAGUACGAAAUGUAAACAUGUGGCGUCCCGUUAGGGGACCUGUUCAGAACUGGCCACUUGCCGUUUGCGAUUCGAGAUCUGUUUCAGCAGAAAAAUAUGUUGAAUUUGACCGUAUCUUGCCAAAGGGAAAUAUGACAGCAAGGAUGGUCUUGGAACAUCCAACUCUGAAGUGGCACUACCUCAGUCAGCAGCAACCCGACGAGGCUAUUAUCUUCAAAUGUACUGACUCACACGAGGGUGUGGCGAAGUGUGUUCCACACGCUUCUAUUGAGCUUCCAAACACCAAUUCUGGUACCCCUGCCCGCGAGAGCAUUGAGAUUCGCGCUUAUCUGUUCUCCUACCCCAAAAACGAGGCCUAA